AUGGACACUCAGUCCUUAGAAACAAAGGAGAGACCACCUCUCCCUUCUAAAGAAAAACACCAGUCGCAACGUGGGAAAUUCAACACCACACAAACGAAGGGUUCACUACCUUCAAGUAGCGACACUAGAAGAUAUAGACCUCCUCUUGGGAAACCAAAAGGAAAGAAAAAAGUCUUCGCCGAAUUACCAAAGCUGGGAGAACCAGGCGGGAAAGUCGACCCUCUCAGGAAAGGUCUUAGCGGUGCUAUGACCAAAUGGUACCUGAGAUCAAUAAAAUCGGGGAAAACACCCGAAGAAGCAAGGAGAUUAGCCGACGAAAGGAAGGCUAAAAUCCAAAAAGAGAAACUGGAGGUACAAUCAUCCAGUAAGAGGGCAAGAGAGCAAUCUCUUACCCCUAAGGAACUGAGAAGAGACAAGAAAGCAAAGCCUUCCACUCCUCAGGCGCAGUUUAAAGCCAGGGAGGCUGCUCCAAGCGUAAGUUACACUGGAGCAGUAAAGAUCAUAAGAGUGGCUUUGCUACCGGAGGAAUACCCUCUGGUAACUCUAACAACAGAAGAGCUGACCCAUCUGGAGGAGACCCUCAUUGAAGAAAUUUUAAAAGGAUGGGAAGCCAAAAUACAGUUCGAAGGCAUACACUUCAGGCCAGGUAUGAUGGUCUUAGACUGUCAAGAUGGCAAAACUGUUCAAUGGCUGCAGGAAAUAGCUCCCAAACUGGAGCUAAAUAAACAAAAGAAACUAACAGUCAGGGUUGGGGAGGAUGUUCCCAAACCUCACUUGAUAGUAGUGUUCUUCCCUAGGACAAAACUAGGCGAAGAACAAAGAACCAAAGAACCGCUGGUCAAAGCGCAGAACGAUGGGAUCUGCGCUGAGGAAUGGAAAGUUCACUCAGUGAAAGCGGAGGGGCCUAGGAUUGUCAUGAUCCUGAGCAUCGACGACAUCUCAGCAGAAACGAUAAUCUCAAGAGGACAUACCCUCAAUUUUCGUUUUGGAGAUCCCUGUUAG